AUGAACGGCCUCGAUUGUGAUCCAAAAUCGGUUGUUCUUGGUGGAAUCAAGGAAAAUGUACAAAACAAUCCUAAAUGUCGACUGAAACUGCCAAAUGGUGAUAGUUUGGAAAAAAGCCUAUGUGAACUUUUGAUCGUUCAAAUACUUUGUGGUAAGAAGCCUAAAUCAUUUGUGAAAGAAGCUUGGAUUGAAGUAAAAGAUGAAUUCAACAAGAAAAAUGGACAGAGUUUUACUAUGGAUCAAAUUAAGAAUAGGUAUAAUGUGUUGAGGGUUAGACACAAUGACAUGAAGAAACUUAUGUCCCUUAGUGGCUUUGAAUGGGAUUCAGAAGAUAAAAAGAUUAUAGUUGACGAUGAAGGAGUGUGGGAUGCAUAUCUUGGGGAAAACCCGGAUAAAAAAAAGUAUAAGACAAAUGGCUGCCCUAUCUAUGAAGAGUUGUGUACCAUUUUUGGCGGUUCAACUGCAACUGGUUCUAAUGCAUAUGUUCUGAUUAAUGCACUUGCUCUUUCCUUUGAAUUCUGGUUGUAUAUGAGGCAUGAGAACUAG